AUGUCGACCACGGUCAAGCUGUUCGGUAUGCUUUGGUUUGAUGUUGGAUCAAGAUGCACGGAGGAGCGAGAAGUCUUCGGAGACAGAGGGCUGGGGGAAGCUUUCAAGGGUGAAUUAACGGGGAUCUUCUCGGGAAGAACCAAGCGCGGCAAAUGUGAAAGCAUGUGCGACGAUUUCGCAUUGUUCAAAGCCGUCGUAAAUCAAAUGAUUGAUCUGCUGAUUGUCCUGCCGAACAAUCCAAACACUGCGCUGCGGUGGAAUUCGAGUGCCGUCACGGGUCACGUGAAGCCAACCUCUCCGUCUCCAUUGAACCGCAGAGCCCUCCGUCUUCAGAUCCGAUUCGAGAUUGGCGUUUUACCAACCACAUCAUGGCGGGCCACUCCUCCCACCCUAUCCACAUCCACCCGGUCCGACCGCUCUACCGCUUCACUGCGACUGCAUUGGGCGCUAGCAUGUGGUUCUUCCUCAUGUACCGAGCCAAGAAGGAUGGUGCCGCUCUGUUGGGCUGGAAGCACCCUUGGGACCACUGAUCCGAUUACAAUCGUCGAUUUCGUUUUUCUUGCGCAACCGCUUCGUCUCUCAGGGCAGCGGUGAUUGUUGGGCUGCAUUGCGUACUAUGUACUUGGAGUGGGAAAAGAGGAACAGAGAGCCGGGUGUUGCCGAGGCGCAUGUCGAAAGCCACAAGUGUCAGGUUCACGAUAGCCAUUUACCAGCCGAAUUGUAUCAUACCCUUUCCUUUUCAAUUUUCUAAAAUGGUAAUUUUGGCCCGAGUGGCCGAGGCGGAGCCUCAGUAGACGAAU